GCGCCCUUUCAUGUCGGGACUCCUUGCCUGUCUUGGGCUCAAAUGAGCUGUUUGCUGUUGUAGGGAAACAUUAGUCCUCUACCAACCAGCCAGCCGGGGGACGACACAUCUCAACUUUUUCCCUGUAUGUGGUGGGGAUUUCUACACUUUAGAGGCGCCCCAGACUGAGAAGCUUUAACAGGAAAAAGUCCCUUAAUUAUUUUCUUUAUUUCUACUUUUGUUGUUAUUCUUUUAAAAGUGUGUAAUAUCGCGAAGGAGGUGGGAGAAGUAGACAUGCCUCAGCUCAGCAGCGGCGGCGGGGACGACCUGGGAGCGAAUGAUGAGAUGAUAGCGUUCAAAGACGAAGGGGAGCAAGAGGAGAAAAUUCAAGAAAACGCGUUCACGGAGAGAGACCUGGCCGACCUCAAGUCCUCUCUGGUGAACGAGUCGGAAAUAAAUCAAAGUCCGAACGCAGCGGCGGUCAGACGGGGACAGCACGGCGAGCAGAGGGGCUUCCCAGAAAAACACCGGGAGCAUCUCGACGGAGUGUCGAAGCAGCAAGAUGGAGGCAUGUACAAGACGCCGACGUAUCCGGGGUAUCCGUUCCUGAUGCUGCCGGACCCCUACCUCCCCAACAGCUCGGUUUCCCCAUCUUCAAAUAAAGUGUCGGUGGUGCAGCAGUCUCACGGGAUGCACCCGCUGACAUCCCUCCUGCCCUACAGCAACGAGCACUUCAGCCCGAGUCCUCCACACUUGCCCACAGACAUGAGCCAGAAGACAGGUGUUCACAGGCACCAGUCCCAGGAUCUCUCAGGGUACUACUCCCUCCCUCCAGGCGGCGUCGGACAGAUCACUCCCUCCAUGGGCUGGCAGAGCCAGCCAGUCUAUCCUGCCCUGUCCCCCUGUGGAUUCAGGCAGCCCUACUCCUCCAACCUCUCCAGCGCCGCCUCCUACUCCAGGUUCCCUCACUCCCUGAUGCUGGGCCCAUCAGGCAUGCAUCCUACAGGGAUCCCCCACCCAGCCAUAGUGCCCCCUACAGGCAAACAGGAGCACGAUCAGUAUGACAGGGGGAUGUAUGUGAAGCAGCAGGUGGAGACCAAGCGGGAGAAGGAGCCCAAGAAGCCGGUCAUCAAGAAACCCCUGAACGCCUUCAUGCUCUACAUGAAGGAGAUGAGGGCGAAGGUCAUCGCCGAGUGCACAUUAAAGGAGAGCGCCGCCAUCAACCAGAUUCUGGGACGAAGGUGGCAUGCACUGACCCGGGAGGAGCAGGCCAAGUACUACGAGUUGGCAAGGAAAGAGAGACAACUCCACAUGCAGCUCUACCCGACCUGGUCUGCCAGAGACAACUACGAGGCGGGCCUUAGCGGGGUCGCAGGGGAAAAGAGUAAAGCUGAUUGGGGCAAAAAGAAGAGGAGAAAAAGGGAGAAGUUGCAGGACUCCAAUACAGACCCGGGCUCUCCUAAGAAAUGCCGGGCUCGCUUCGGCCUCAACCAACAAACGGACUGGUGCGGUCCUUGCAGGAGGAAAAAGAAGUGCAUUCGCUACCUUCAAGGAGGAGGCUGCCCCAGCCCAACUUCUUCAGAUUUAAGUGCUAUAGACUCUCCCCCCUCUCCUUCCCCUGCCCGCCACCGUCUGUACCAGCACCAGCUCCCCCCAUCCCCGGGCUGCUCCCCACCGCCCACCUCACCCUCCGCACACCUCCCCCUGUCUCCGCCAACACACACACGCUCACACACGCGCUUACCCCUGCAGCAGUCUGCCGGCAAGCGCAGUGACCUCCGUCAGCCCGCAACCAAACACACCCACACACACCUGGAACUGACCGGCAAACAGACGCACUGCUCGACGGCGUUGUCAGCCGCCAAGGCCGCAGGACUUUCUCUCAAAGUGCUAACAGAGUCUCAGUGAUCACUCCAGUCUGCUCACAUCAUUGAUCCAUUUCAGCUCAGCUUCCUCCAGAGCCAUGAAGAUAAUUUUCCUCACAUUUACCCACACACUGUGGUCCUUUUUGUUUGAUGAAAACAAAAAAUAGGAGUGAAUGAGGGUGGCAUGGUAGUAAUGAAGAAGGGGGUGUCUCAUUUCAGAGGCUGGAUCCUCCACAGUCUGUGUUUUUACACAGAAUACACAAUUAACAGGUCAUUGAGGCCUGUUUACUCUGAAAGACUCAUUUAAAUGGUCAAUUAUUUAUAAUAUCAGUUGAAUAUUUGUGGUUCAGUGAUCACUGAGGAAUUGUUCCCAGCCUGGGCAUGUUAUUGUUAGGUGAGAAAAGGGCUGGGCGAUAUGUAAAAAAUCUGAUAUCCCGAUAUUUUUUUAACCAAAUACCUCGAUAUCAAAACAAUAUUAGAACAUUGACCAUUUGUACAAAAUAUUAACACAAAAAGAUUUUUGAUAAUCAGUAAUGUGGUUAUAAUUACUAAGUGUACGAAGGCAAAUAAUAGAUGCCUUUACUGUAAUGCAGUCUUUAAAAUUAGAAAAAGACAACACAAUAUCCAAAAUCUAAGAUGAUGUCUGAAAUCAUAUCACUAUAUCGAUAGAUAAUCGAUAAAUUGCCCAGCCCUAGAUUAGUAUUUACCAUUAACUUCAUCAACUGUGUCACGUGAAAGACUAACCUCUGUGUAGUGAUCAACUGAAAGAUCGACCUUUUAAGCCACAUUAAUGGGUGGAUCCAGCUCCUGAACUGGUGAUUGAAUCCCCCACCAGUCACCAAGACUUCCAGUUGUACAGAGGCAGACCUGUGAUGAAGGGAGAAUUAAAGUCAGUGGUUCUUAUGCUGCAGCUAACGCAAUUAGUUUUUCCUUGAGGACAGCUCUGUCUUUUGAGAAAAAAAAAAAAACUCCCGAGCCCCGCUCUGUGCUCUUGCGCUUUGACCUCCAUGACAAUCACAAACAAAAUUUGGUGUAAUUGUAAUUUGUUAAAUGAACCACAUCAACAGACUCUUCUUUAGUGAUGUUACAUGUACGCUUUCCUUCAAAUGUAGGCGUUUUCACUUUUCAUCCUCACAUUUAUCACUUUGACACAUUAUCCACCACCAUCACUCAGACCAAACCAGAGGGGAGCAGAGACCAGCAACCAGCCACCUGACCAGCAGAACCUCAGCUCAAAAGAGAGGGGCACAUUCACUUUUUAGCUGCCAUUUUGUUAACAGUUGGACUUCAGUUUUAUUCCAUUUCCAAACAUUUUUACAAAGACCUGUGCAGCCCUCGGACAAACAUAUUCAGCAGGUAAAAAAGUCACAUACAUGACAGAGUAUCCCAACUGCAAGUUACAUUAUUUCUUUUAGGCACUUUCAGAUUGUCACUAUAUCAACCGUUACAUUUUUGCUCUGUUUUUGCCUGAUUUUUGAACAAAUCUCAUGAUUUUUAAGGUCAGAUGUUUUGCUGGUGGGGAAACCCUCAGAGAAAGACGAGAGGGAUUUUUUUUUCUCUUGGCCUGUUUUCGCAGCUCCGUAAACUUAUGAGACCAAAUGGGUACUAUUAUAUUGCAUUGUGUUGUAAAGUUUUAUAAAUGUUGGAAUUCCCUAUUAUAAUUAAACUUUUAUAUGUUUUUAUGUAAAAAAAAAAAAGUAGAAAAAACAAAAAAUAAUUUAGUUUCUACCAUUUCUUAAAGCAAUACAUUUUGUGUCUGUCCUCUUGUGCAGAAUUUUACUUUUUGUUUCGGUCAAGUGUUACUGCAGCAGCGUUCAAAUGAUAUCUUGUGUUCUCAAUCUGUGCAUGUUCCAACGUCAAUGUAACAAAAAAAACUGAUUGACUAAAAAGGCUUUAAUUUACCGUUCUGCUUGCAGCUUCAAACU